GACAGGAAAGUCGUUAAAAGGAGUUUCUUGUCUUGUCUAAGACUGUUAAGAAAUGGUUUGUUUUGGGUAUAUUUUGUGAUUAUGGAGGUUUAAGUAGGUGUGAAAAUGGAUUUAAAUAAUUAUAGAGAUGGAUAUUCCUGGUUAGCAAGCGGAAGAAGAACUUAUCCAGUACGUGAAGGAGACAUAUUGGGCCUUCCAUCUACUGUAGAUCGAUAUAGUUCUUAUGGCAAAGACUACUCUUUGGGUCUAAGAAACUUUGAACGGCAUUCCACCACCUACUCUAGAGAUUAUGUAACAGACAGUAUGUCCCGCUAUUCCUCUCGAACCUAUGACAGUGGUAUUGGUUCCAGACGCUACGAUACUACAUCAUCACGACCAUAUACCUCUGGUUCUUCGUACACCAGUGGAUCAUACAGUGGUUCGAGAUCUUUCGAUUCUGGGAGAUAUGGUUCAAGUAGCGGAAGUCGCUAUGGUGGAUCUUCUUAUACCAGUGAUUUAACCGGUAGUUCUUCUAGAUAUGGUAUUAGUGGUGUCAGUUCAUCCAGAUAUGACACCAGUGGUACCACUUUAUCUUAUGGUUCCUCUCGUACAAGCAUUCCUGUUAAAACUGACGACAUCUCUGGUCGUAGAGGCUCACGUUCUAGUCUGACUUCUGAUCUUUCAUUAGACUCUAGAGACAUUGAUCUAUAUGAUAGUAGUAGGCGUCGAUCGUUACGAAGUGAUAAAUCUGAUAUUCUAGGUGCAAUUGGUAGACGCUCGUCAUAUAAAGACGAAAGUUUAACAGAGAAAAGUUCAUAUACUAGCAGACGUCUCGAAAGAGAAAAGACUGGUGAUAGUGAUAGUGAUCGUUAUAAAUCUUCGCGAAAAACAUCAUUAAGGGACUCUUCUUCUGUGGAGAGCACGAAAGACAAUGAUGUACCACGAUCUCAGUAUAGGCAUUAUUCAGCAGAUAAAGAUAAAUCUAUAUCAAAUACUUAUAAAUCAUCAUUAGAUAGAACAGCUUCUCUUGAUAAUAAUGGAGAUGUCAGUUCAUAUUCCCACAGAAGGGCUUUACGUAAACAGCAGCAUGAAGAAGGAAUAGCAAAAAAACUCAAUGAAAAGUCUUCCGCCACUGGACCAAAUCCUCCAUCUACUGCAAAGCUUUCUUAUCGCGCAAGACGUGAAUUGGACAGAACUGCUACUGAAAGCACAGACUCAGAUGCUUCAAUAACUAGAAAAGCAACUCUGAAAUGUGAUGAUGAACCCACUGGUUAUGAGUCAUUUGCCGAUCGACGACAGAGAAGAAAAGAAUCUUUAGAAUCCAUCAACAGUAACUCGACUAACGAAAAUGAGUGUGCCAAUGAUAAAACGCGUUGGAGAUCAUUUGCUUCUGACAGUAUCAAAGAAGCAAGUACCCCAGUUUCCACAGACGUGUCUUUCAAAAGAACCAGAGUUCAGGAUAACAAGAACUUUGAUCAGUUAGAAACCAAAGAAGUAUUCUGUGCUCCAGAAUUAAAAGAGACCACUGAUAUAUCUUCAAAUCAAAAUAAAGAAACUGAUUCGAAAAACAAUAUAAAUGUGGAAUUUAAGGAAAAGAGUUAUAAAUGUUCUGAGAAAGAGAAGUCGCCAGAAAUAUCAGAAAAAAGGGAAAUUUCAACACUUAAAACUGAUUCUGCUAGUGAAGAAGUAACUAGGGCUGAACGUAUUGCAAAAUACAAAGAACAAAGACGACGUCAGCUACAAAAUAUGGGAAAUAAAAUUGAACUUCAGACAGACUCAAGCUCUGAGAGUAAAGGUGAAUCACGAGGAAACAAAUCAACAUCAACAUUACUGGAAAGUAAAGAAGUAGUUUUACCAGCAAAGGAUAGUUCAAAAAUAACAAUAAUAAAAUCUGAAAAAACUAGUAAAGCUGAAAAAGAAGAACCUAAAGCUAAGCAAACCAUAGAAAAGCAGGAAUUAUCCACAAAUGAAAUACCCCAACCCACACGAUUACUUAGCGACAAAUCCAAUUCUCAAGCAGUAGUAAAACCACAAGAAUCUGUGAAAGAGAUACAUGAAACAAAACCAGUCAAAAAGCCGUCGAUACCAGAACAGUUGACAAUGUCAGUUGAAAUACAGCAAGUUACAAAGUGUUUGGAAAGUCAAGAAAUUAAAAAGCCAAUCAAUAAAAUAAAAGACCCAACAAACCAAUCAGAAACCAAGACAUUAAAAGCACUGGAUGUAACAAAGACAACUCAGUCAACAGAUGCCAUCAAAAAGCCAGCACAGAAGACAACUGGCACUGUGAAAGAAAAGUCACCACCACCAAGAACUAGGGUAGGUGAUUCACAAGACAAGCAAAAGAUUGUUCAAGAUACAAGCAGAACCAGAACCUCAAAACUACCAUCUCCAAGAAUAACAAAGAAAUCUAUUCAAAAUGAACCAUCCUCCCCAAAUAAACCGCAAGCAACAAAGAGUCCUGCAAAAAUUGAAAAUGGGAGGCAUGCACGUGCAGUUCCAACUAUUAAAAAGACAGAAGAUGGUUUGAAAGUCAGCAGAAAAACUGUUUCUGAGAGAUUUGCUAAAACACAGAUAGCAGGAAGAAAACCUUCAUCUGGUGUAUAUUCAUCUGAUGAUGAAGAAGGGCGUCUUGAACGGCCACAUCCUCCACGUUCACCAGCAGCAAGACGAGCCAAGUCAGAUGCUUCCAAAUCACCUUUGGCGUCAUCUUCAAAGCGCAAAGUUGCUGAUGGUAGCAAAGCUUCUCCAUUAUCCAAAUCUUUAUUACCGACAUCGGAGACUCCAAAAGAAAAAGUUAAAAUAGAAGUCAAUGUUCCAGCUUCUCCUGGUAAUCUUGAUGAUCUGUUGAAACAGAAUGUGGAUUAUUUAUCAGAUGAUUCUAUCUUAAAGACACCAUCACCCACAUGUAAAUCUAAUAAUGGACGGAAUCUUUCUACAGCUAAAGGAUCUAUAGCAGAUGAUAAAACAAGGGCUGCUCCUUUUAAAACCUUUAUAAAAGAAGGGCAAAGUCAACCAGAUGACAACAAUGAGAACCUGCUAAAUACCAAUGACAUCAAGGGAGUUAACUCCAGUAAGACUGUUAAACAGCAGUCUGAAAGUAAAGAAACAGUCAAUGACAGUGAUGAUGGAGAAUUUAAUACAGCACCCUCUACACCACAAAUUGAUCGAUCUGACAAAACAGGUCAGAAGGCAGGUGAAAGCCAUGAUAUACAUAAAGGAACUUCAGAAUCAAAGACAGCAGAUGAAGAAAGAAAGACAUCAUCUAUACAAACCAAAUCGACAGUCGUAAAACUUCUACCUACAUUUAAACCCACCUCCAUGUCAACAGCACAGGUUCCUCUUAAAACAUCCCAUUCUGUACUUCCAGAUAGAUUUGGCUCUAAGACAUCAUAUGGUAGUAAAUCAACAGUGGAUGAAUCGGGUGUUAACAGCAAACCUAUCAAGAGAGGCAAUGACUUCUCUCAACUACUGCAAAAAUUCUCCAGCUCAGAGCUAUCGAGUUCAGAAAGGUCAGAGCAAGAUUUCAAUUCUAGAUCUGGGUUGAGCCGUAAUCGACAAGCUCGUUCUGUUAGUAUUAGCAGUAGUGAUGAGUCAAAUACAGAACGCCAGACUCCAGAAAGGACCCAAAGUUUUAAACUCCGGACAGUGAAGGAGAAAGACGAAUCAUCUCCAGUUCAAAGAUCAUCAAGUUUUAAAUCUAGUUUCAUGAGCAAGAGAUUUCAAUCAGAGGCAACUGAUAAACCAUCUGAGGAACUUUCCUCUGUUUUACAGUCUCGCAGUGACAAGACUGAAAAUAAUACCAAAGUUGAAAAUAAGUAUGAUAAUUUAGAUAAAACAAAAACGAUUGUGACUACUUUGGAAGAGACUAUUGUUGAUAAGGAACUCUCAGCAGUUUUAAAAUCACGUCGUAAAGAAACAGACUCUAUCGUUGAAAGUUUAUCAAAAUCAGACACUGAUCCCAAACCAUCUUCACAUAUCAUUUCUUCAUCUCAGGCUCAAAGUGAUACCUUUAUAUCGGACAAUAUAGCAAAUUCUAAAAGUAAAUUGUAUAAAAUAGACUCAAGUUUGGCAGAAUUGUCUCGAGUCACUGAAGAAUUGGAUAAACCUGAAUCUACUAUAUCAAAAGGCUACAUAUCACCUGAUUUAGGCCGCAUUUCCCCAGAAAAACGCUGUUCAAGUUCUGCAUCAUUAUCAGAUGCUGUGCAAUAUAUCAAAGAUGUAGAAACGUCCAUAUCCACUCGCAUAUCAAAAUCCAUCUCAAAAUCUCACGAUAGUUUGCAUAAAAUUAAUAAUCAUUCUGAAACAACCCCAGUUAAUACUAGUAUGACCUUUGAAACAAAAAUGACUGAACCAAGACCUCUUCACAUCAUAGGUGCACCAUAUGGCCAACUUGAACUGACGCAAACGUUAGAAGUACGUAAUGUUACAUUAGAUGAAUCUUCGACUGAUGAUGUAAUAAGUAGUGCGAUUACUUCUAAAACUUCUACUCCGCCACUAAUUAUACAUAACGAUCAAACUAUUAGUGCUAAAGAAGAUGAUGCCAAAUUACAUGAUCCUAAAAAGGACAGGAUUUCAUCCUCUUCAAAUUCUAGCAGAAAUGUAAUUGAUAGUAGCAGACGUGAUGUAAUAAGUGAGAGAUCAACAAUGGCCAGUUCUAAUAAAACCAACAACAACAAGAAUCAAGUUGAACAUAAUGAAAGGAAUGGUGCUGUUGACCUUGUGAAGUCACACUCCACUGCUUCUACUCAUAAAACAAACACUAAUUUAGGUGAAGUGAUUAAGAAUAUCUGUGCAGAAAAUGUGGAUGUGUACACUAAAACUGGGGACAUUGCCAGCUCUACUUGUUUACAAAGUGAUACAGAUUCGCUUCAUUCAGAUAUUGUCAAAAGAAAAGAUCUACUCAGUGUGUCAUCUGGUAGAUAUUUGGAUGUAAGUGAAAGUACAAUUCUCACCUCUAGUGGAAUUGAAUUAAGUGAAACCUCCACGGAUGAAACAGGUGGAUCACGGGUAUCGAAACCUUUAAAUAGAUCUGAAUCUUUAAAAACUUCUGGUGUCAAGCGAACAGAAUCUUUUGAGAGACGAAAGGGAAUUUUGAAAAGGACUCCUUCACUUCCAAAGCAGCCUUCAGGACCAAUUGUUGACAAGCAGUUAGCCAAGAUUCUGGAACAACGUCGACUGACAAUUGAAGUAGACGCUAAGAAAGAGGAAGAAGAAAAACCACCCAGUAGACGAUUAUCUGUUACAGAUGAAAUUCUUGAAACAAUGAGGAGAGAAAAGGAGAAUAAACCGGAGAAUGAAGACAAUGAGGAUGAAGAUGAACAAUCCAAGUUAUCUGUCGCCGAGAGAAUUUUUAAGAUGCAAACAAAAAUAGAAGAAGAAAAAUAUGCAGCCACACCAAGAUCUCGUUCUGGUAUUGCAACACCCAAAUCUCCAUUCAGAAUAAGAUCUGGUGCCGUAUCUCCCAGGAAACAAAUGUCUUUCGACGAUUUUUCUCAAGAUGGUGACCCAACAUUUACAGGUGAGAUUUUAAUGGAGAGACUGACGACACUAGCCGAAGAUGGAAAGGUGGAAACUAUUAUGGAAAGACGAAGGAAAUUAGAAGAGUCACAAAGAAAAUUCAAAAAAGUUCAGAAACCAGAUCGUGACAAUAGUAGAAGGCGGACUCAGCCUAUUACAUUGGAGGAGAUAACUGAAGCCGACAGUUUGGAUUCCGUAAACACAUUUCGAUCAUUGGUCAGGAAAAAAGCUUCAACUAGUGUGUUUGAACAUCUUGUGGAACAGAAACCAAAGUUGCCAGCAAAUAAGAAGUCUGAAUUUCCAGAACAUCUUCAACCACAGAAAAAACGUAGAAGUAGAGGUGAAAGAUAUCAAACACUUCCUGUUACGGCUGCAGAAUUAAUGUGUAUCCCUGAAAACGAAAUGAUGGAGUCAGACACACUCAGGUCAAAAGUUAUGGCAAGGGGGCGUCAAGAUUCGAAGGCAGAUUCAGGAAUAUUGUCAGGUUCUGAUAAUGAAAAUCUUUCUGCAGCUUCAGACAGUUUGCGUAGCUUAAGUCUUGAAAUGGAUUUAGCCGAAGAUGAUCCUUCGCGAAAUAGUGUUUCCUCAAAGACCUCAUUCUUUAAACAAAUUGAUGAGAAAACUUCCAAGGAAAGGUACAAAGGGUCGGCCAGUGGAGCUAAAAGAUACAUUGAUCGUAAAAAACGAGAAAGAUACUUAACACAACCAAUUACUGAAGAAGAAGUCAAAACAGCAGCAGAAUAUAAUGAUGAACAGAAAACGGUAACCAUCCCAGUACCAGAAGUUGUUAAUCGUGCUAAAUCUGUUGAACCCCAGGACUCUACUGUUGAAGAUGAUGAUCUCACAAAAUUAAGUUUAAAAGAUAAAGUAAAAUUAUUUGCCAACAAGAAGGAAGAAGAAGAAAAACCACUGCCACCAAAACAAAAUGCUCCGAUGCCAAGACGUCGUAAUCGUAAACAGGCUUCAAGAUUCAGUACACAGCCGAUAACAAGUGAAGAAGUUGAAAAAGCAGCUAAAAUCUCUCCUCUUCAUAUGAGUUUAGUGAAACCACCAGAUCCUGAAAUACUAAAAGGAUUAUCACUGAAGGCGCAACGAGAAUUAGCUGCCUGUCAUGCUGAGGCAACAUUGUCUCAACCAAGUUCACGUUCUAACUCUAGACCAAAUUCCAGACCCGGAUCACAGCCUGGUUCUCGACGAGCUUCUUUUACAGAAGAAGAACCCAUGGCAUCAGAAAAAGUUACAGUAAGUCAUGCCAAGUCUGAUGGAGAUCUUCAAAAGAACACUGGAAUAUUAAGAUGUACAGAAAUACGUCAGUCAAAUCCCGAUCUCGAAGUAAAAAGCAUUUUAAAAAUAGAAAAGGAGAGAAAAGAUCAGGAACCAAGGGGAAUACUAAAACGUGCAGAAACCAUUGAAACAAGCAAGCCAUCCGAUGAAACGAGAGGUAUUCUCAAACAUGGUGAUUCUCCGAGUCCUGAAUCAAACAGACGGUCUCGUGAUUCCAGAGAAACCGAGUCUGAACCAAGAACUAUAUUGCAUUCUGAAGAUUCAAAUCUCAUUGGAAGAGGCAUAUUAAAAAAAGAUAGUAGCUUUGAGGUUAAAAAGACUGAACCAGAAAGGGGUGUUUUAAAGAAAAUUGACAACAGAACUGAAGAAAGUCCGGUGAGGAGUAUUUUAAAGAAGGAUUUAUCAGAUGAUGAAAAUGGUCUGGAUAAUUCUCAAUCUAUCCCUGGAUCAGCAGCUUCUUUAUCUGAUGUUGGCUCCAAACGAAGAUCCAGACACAAUGAUCGAUAUCUAACUCAGCCUGCUGAAUUAGUAACCCCAGAGAAAUCUCCUCAGAGUAAGAGGAGAAUUAAGUAUGAGGGUCGACACAUGACGCAGCCAGUUACACCCGAUGAAUUUAAAGAAGCAGAAGAAACUACACCAGUAACAAUGAAGGGAGGCUCGGUGGCAGACAGAUUAAGUGCUUUGAAAAAAAGUGGAGAAGAAGAAUGGAAGAAGCGGGUCCCUAAAUCUCUUGAUUUCGAAAGUCCACAAGAGAUUAAGUUACGCGAGAAGAAAGGGUUAUUAAUCGAGAGUCGACCUGUGAGUCUAGCUGAUCGACUCAAUCUUUUGGAUGUGAAUAAAACAACAUGGAAAGAAAGAGUCGAGGAAAAAGACACAUCCAAGUUUACAGUUGCAGGAAAAAUAAGUCAAACAGCUGGAACAGUUGCCAGUCCCCUCGUUUCAAGAUUAAAAAAUAAAAGAAAUGGAAUGAGUUUAGAUUUAGGUUCAAAAGAAAAUUCUCCAAAUGAAUCUCCUGUGACAACACCAACGCAUGAAAGAAUACCACUUCCUAAAGAUAUCAUCACUCAUGCCUCAUCAACAUCUGUAACCAAAGUUAAAACAGUCACAGAAAUACAUGAGACAGCAUCAUCACGCAAAAUAGAAUCUGUCACUGUAGAAAUACCUCAAUUUAGUUCUGCUGAUGUGGACGCCUUCUUUAAUUUACCCGAUGAAAAUGAAGAAAGAAUAGAUUUAGAUAUAGAUGAUUUUAAUGAUAUAUUCAUAAAUUCUAAUGAUAUACUUCCAUCCGUGAAAAAAAUCCGUCCAGUGAGAAAACAAGCAGCAAGAACAGCUAACCCCCUUAAAAAUAUGUCUGUGGAGAUUAAAACAGAGUAUACAGAAGUUACUACAGGUCUAGCAGAACUGGAAUUAAAACGUGUCAAAGUUGAAAAAAUUGCCAAAGAUAAUACUGGUUUUGCUCAAGAAGCACUGGCAGGAUUAGCAAGUAAAGAAAAUUUUUCGAAGGUAGCUUUACGUAAAAUGGAUGUAACUUCUACACCAGGCAGUAAAGAUAGAUUAGAACCAUAUAAAGAUAUUAUGUUAUUACAUGUAAAAGGAAGAAGAAAUGUUCAGACUCGUCUUGUACAACCAUCAUCUGUAUCUAUUAAUAGUGGAGAUUGUUAUGUUCUUAUUACCCCAGAAAAAAUCAUCAACUGGAUUGGAUCAUUUAGUAACGUUAUUGAAAAAGCUAAGUCAGCAGACAUAACAAAUUAUAUACAUCAGAAGAGAGAUAUGGGGUGUAGAAGUACAACCGUCUCAGCGACAGUAGAGGAAGAAAAACAACGCCUUGGAGCAGGAAAACAUUUCUGGGCAUCUCUUGGUGGUCAACAAGAAUAUCAAGCUGUAGGACCUGAAGAAGAAGAUGAGAUAUAUGAGACAUGUAUAAAUAAAACCAAUAUGGUGUUUAAACUAGAAGAUAAUUCUCUAAAGCCAUAUCAGGAAUAUUGGGGUGCUGCCUUAAAAUAUAGUAUGUUAGACCCAGAAAUUACAUUAGCAUUUGAUUUUGGGGCUGAGUUAUAUUUAUGGUUGGGUAAAAAAGUAUCACCUGAAGAUCGUAAGAUUGGCCGUCUGCUGUGUCAAGAAUUAUGGGAUAGAGGAUAUGAUUAUACACCAUGUGAUAUAAAUCCUUUAUCUCCGUUACAUACUGAAGACACAGGAUCCGUUCCCAUCAAAAGUAAUACUCGUCCCGAUUGGGCAUUAUUUGGUAAAGUACAUCAAGGGAUGGAAACGUUAUUAUUUAAAGAGAAGUUUGUUGAUUGGCCAGAUAAUGCCAGAAUAAUUAAGGUUAAAGGUCAAGAUGAUGAAAAGACAGAAAAGAAAGUAGAAGUAGCAGAAUUACAAGCAUUUGAUGUUGAUAAAAUGGUACCUAUAAAUAAAUCACCUGUUACAUUAGUUCUAGAAGGUUCUCAUGUUGGUAGAGGAACUAAAUGGUUAGAAGAUAUGCAGGGUUUUAUGAGAGAAUUUGAGAUAGUAACUUUAGGUGUUGAUAUGUGGCAUGUUAUGGAAUAUGAUCAUUAUAAAUUAGAUGAAACAAGUUAUGGACAGUUUCAUGAUGGUGAUACCUAUGUUGUUAGGUGGCAGUAUAUGAUCUCAAAUGCUGGUUUAAAAUCAUUAAAAGGCCAGGCAGCUCGUAAAUCUAUAACAGGAAGAGAAAGAUAUGCAUAUUUUUUCUGGCAGGGUAAAGAAUCUACGAUUAAUGAGAAAGGAGCUUCAGCUUUAAUGACAGUUGAGUUGGAUGAAGAAAGAGGUCCCCAGAUACGUGUUAUUCAAGGAAAAGAACCACCAUGUUUUUUAAACCUAUUCCAUGGAAGUAUGAUUGUACAUAUAGGUAAACGUGAAGAAGAAGAAUCAAAUACGCAAGGUCCAUGGAGAUUAUACUGUGUUCGUAAUGAAUUAGAAAAUGAACUCUGUGUUGUGGAAAUUAAGUUGUGUGUUGAUAAUUUACGUAGUCGUUCAUCAUUAAUAUUGUUAAAUGUGAAAACUGGACAUUUGUAUAUAUGGCAUGGUUGUAAAUCACCAGACUAUACUAGAAAAAAUGCACGUAUUGUUGCUGAUAAACUUAAAGACAAUUGUCCAUUAGAAGUUGGUUUACAUAAAGAUGCUAGUAUUUUGAUUACUGAGAUGGAAGAAGGAGAGGAGAAAUCACAGAUCUGGGGAGCAUUAGAAAGUCGUGAUAGAUCAUUAUAUAUGUCCUUAUUAAAUGAGCCUCGAUCAUUAGAACAUACUGUACGUUUAUUCCAUAUGACUAGUGUAUCAGGUGUAUUUGAAGUGAUAGAAUUAUUAAAUCCAGCGCGUUGUGAAGAUCUUUAUACACCAUUCCCAUUUUUACAAUCUGAUCUCUAUAAAGUUUCACAACCAGCUUUAUUCCUAGUUGAUAAUCAUCGUGAGGUAUAUUUAUGGCAUGGUUGGUGGCCAGAGGGUAAAGAAGAAGAAGAAAAUAUGCACACAGGAUCAGCUAUAGCUAGAUUUAAUAUAGACAGAAAGUGUGCUCUAGAAACUAUGGUGAAUUACUGUAGAGAAAGUAGAAAACGUAUGCCUAAGAUGUAUAUAGUAUAUGGUGGUGUCGAACCUCAACAGUUUAUUAAUAUAUUUCCUUAUUGGGUCGUUGAUGAACAGGCUAAAGAACUGAAUAUUAAGGAUGGUAAAAGAGAAGGUUAUUUAGAAUCUGCUGAAGACAUUUUAGCUAAGUUAAAGAGAACACAGUAUACAUUUGCAGAACUGCAAGAACGACCAUUACCAGAAGGUGUAGAUGCAUCUAAACUGGAAUCUUAUCUUGAUGAGGAGGAAUUUCAGAGUUUAUUACAUAUGUCAAAAGAAGAAUAUUAUGCAUUGCCGUCAUGGAAACAGAGACAAUUGAAACAGCCAACUGGAUUAUUUUAAGGCUGAGAUUAAUGUGUCACAUUGCAAUAUUAGAAACUUUUUUUCUACUCUUAAAAGGUGCUAUUCUUACUAUUUUUAUAAAUUAUUUGUGACAUUUAAUAACCAAGAGGUCACAGGUGUCAACACAUCAGCAGUGUUUUCAAGUGCUUUAACAAAUAUCCUAGAAAUUUUCCGAUGCCUACCUGUAUUAAGUUUUAUUCUGAUUAUUUGUACAUAUAUACAAGUGAACAUAAUAAUUGAAAUCUGUUUAUAUUGCUAUGUAUCUAUUUAAUUGUUUAUUUGUAAACCCUGAGGGCUGAGGGUUAUUCUUUAAAAUGAACUAACAAUUGAAAUCCUAAAUUUGUUUUGAAAAAAUUUAAAAAUCAAAUUUUGGAAGGUCAAUUGAAAUAAAAGGAUUGAAAACAUUUGAUUCUAACUCUGAAGUUCAGAUAAUUACUGAAGAACUGAAUGAUUUAAAAAAAAAAAAGCAUGCUAAUGCCAUAAAUUCAUUGUCAUUCUUUGUAACAUUUUGAAAUUGUCCUUCAUUCUUAUUGAUAGUUUUCAUGAAGUUUAAGUUUUUAAGAAUACGAUAUCUAUAUACAGAUAUAAUUAAUAAUAAUAAAUUGUAAUUAAAGAAUUUAUGUAAAUAAUAUACCAUACCACAGAUCUGUAAUAUAUUUCCCCAAGCAGUUGUAUAUAUAUAUAGUUGACUAUAUGAUAUCAGAUCCUUUAAUAGAAAAUGGGAAAAGUUUUGGAGGAAAUGUUGAAUUUUUCUUUCAGUACAAACAAUUAUAAUUAAGUAGAAUUACAACGUAGGAAUACACAAUUAAAUUAUUAGGUGAAUAUCUGCUGAGAAAACUUCCAGUUGCAAUUUUUAUGCCAUAAAUUUGAAAUAACUACAUACAUAAAAAAGGAUUUUCUUUUUGAGAGCUCUGCUUUAAAUUUAGUAUACCUUAUUUUCAAAGUAUUUUUUCACUAGAUAGAUUUUUCUUGUGUAACUGAGCUGUUAGAAAUAUUCAAUAUUUUAUAAAUGAACUAUCUCCCCGCCCAAAAUGUUAUAUUUUAUGUGCUGUGUACAUAAAUCUUAUAUUAAACCAUGGAAUACACUCCCUGCAUUUUGUGAUAUUUUUUCUCCUGUUUAUUUUUUACAUCUGAUGAAAAUAAAGCUUUGUUUUAGUUGAUCUGUAGAUUCAAAUUUUUGUAUCACUUCUGUAUAUCAAGAGUUUGAUUUUUUAACUCUAAAAUGUAAAAUUUGUAUUGCAUAUUUGUGUUUUUAUUAUACUCAUCAAUUCCCAAAGUUUCGAUAUCCCUGUUCACUAUGAAGACAUUUAAUAUUAAGCAAAUUUUUGAAUGCUUAAUAUUGAUAAAGAAAUGUAAUUCAAAGUUUGCUACUUGAAUAUAUCAGUAUGAACUUUUAGGCUUGGUAUAAUAAUUGAGGGGGAACCAAAUCAUUUAUUAACCAAGAUCUCCACUGUACAUUUACAUUUAAUAAUUGAGAGCUCUGUAAGUUUGAGUGAAUUUAGACAGUUUGAAUUUUGUUAAAUUGUAGAUGAAUCGAUCAUUUCAUAAAUUCUGCAAUAUCAAAAUGUGUGCAAAAUUUUUCUGUCAAUCUGAAUUGGUAGUUACGGUUUAGAUGUGAUCAAAUUGUUUAUUUUUUAAGCAAAGAUAUGUUGUAGGGCGGAUCAGAUCUUGGGGUGGCCUGAAUACACCUGUGUCAGAGAGACCCUUAUCAAUUAUACACAAGGAUGUUUCUAUGACAUUGUUGGAACUCAGGCUGACACUUGCCUUACACCAAACCGUGCUAUUGUAUUUUGUUGUAAACAUGUUUUUAUACACCUGUUUUUUCAUGUGGAUGUAUAUUGUCCUGUCUGGCCGUUCACAUAUCGGACUGUAACUUCCUGGAAGAUGGCCCCUGAUUUUACGUAAAAUCAGUUUUUUAGCUUGUGGACCCUCUAGAGGUCAAAGUUUUAAAAACUGUUCAAAUAUAUCACCAUUAUGCAAAUAGUUUAAUUUGAAAAAAAUAUGUAAUACCAAGGUUGUAGAUGCUCUAGAGGUCACAAUUUUUUUAUUCAAUUUUGAUAAAACUUAAAAGAUAUGUUUAUAUACCACAGAUCUCCUUUCGAUAUUUACGCCUAUCGAACUGUAAUUUUCUAGAUUAUGGCCACUGUACGAAAAAUCACAUUUUUAGCUUGUUCUCUGUCCAUCUCUUGCAAAGUGUGGGUGUAUCUUGCAUGGCAACCGCUUGUUUUUAAUUUUAUGGGGAUAAUGUUUUGUAAAGCUGGACUUUUGAAGAUGAUAAUAUGUAUAUCAAUUAUUUCAUUAUGUAAUAUAUAUUUUAUAACAUUUUUCAUCACACAUCGUAAUCUUUUUCGGUAUAUUAAAAAAACCAUUCUUUUACAUUUUCCAGUGUAUAUAGAUAUACCAUAAAGAGGAAUAAAAAGAUGUAAAUAAAGA